CAUAUGCAGCGGCUGUUUCCAGUAGCGUGUGUUAUCACCGUUACAUUGAGACAUACAGACACAGGAUCGGAUGGGAUUCCUCCUGAUAUUCAGCAUCAGUCGUGUGGUCGGAAUGGAGGUGCUGAAUACUCUGUUAAAAUAAGGAAAACUCCCCACAGAGAUCAAGAUGGUGUCGUGGAUCAUUUCGCGGAUGGUGGUCCUGGCCUUCGGGACCCUCUAUCCAGCCUAUUCCUCCUAUAAGGCUGUGAAGACGAAAAACGUCAAGGAGUAUGUGAAAUGGAUGAUGUACUGGAUAGUAUUUGCACUUUUUACAACAGCAGAGACGAUCACGGAUAUGUUCCUCUCCUGGUUUCCAUUUUACUUUGAGCUGAAGAUUGCCUUUGUCAUCUGGCUGUUGUCCCCGUACACCAAGGGAUCCAGCGUGCUGUACCGCAAAUUUGUGCAUCCCAUGCUCUCCAAUAAGGAGAAGGAAAUUGAUGAGUACAUAACUCAAGCUAAAGACCGCAGUUAUGAGACCAUGAUGCGGUUUGGGAAGAGAGGCCUCAAUAUCGCAGCCACUGCAGCAGUCACAGCUGCCACCAAGGGUCAGGGUGUGUUAUCGGAUAAGCUGCGGAGUUUCAGCAUGCAGGAUCUGACUCUGAUUCAGAAUGAAGACGAGCUGCAGCUGGACGGCACAGAUGACACACACACCGCAGCAACGCUACCACGCACUAAAACAUCCACGCGUACAGUUCGUGCCACGCCCAUACUGGCUGAUAACGAAUCGCAGCACAGCCGGUCUGAUGACCAAUCAGAUGGCAGGACUGAGCAUUCAGACGAGGAUGCAGCAGACAAGGCCCCCAAACGCACCGCAAGUGUCAGAGCAGCUAAGAAACCACCAGUUGCCAAGACCGAGACCACCAAGACAGUGAAGAAACAGCCAAAGAAGAAAAGCACCACCACAGCCAGCAACAAUGCUGAAUCACCAUGAGUCACACUGCAUCCACCAUCCCUGGACAACACAUGCAUACUCUUGUCUCAGUACUAACAACCAAACAUUAGUGCUUUUUGCUUUUAUAGAUUCAUACUGACACUUACAGAUACACAUAAGACGCAUCACAUGGGGCUGUUUUAUCUUGUAGGUUUUAAUGCAGUUUGUUAGUUUAGACAACAGGCUUCCAUGUUCAGCAAGACCGUUCUCAAAGCUUCCCACCUCAAACCAUUUAUCUAAUGUUUGUGUGUGCACUCCCGUGUGUGUGUGCUAACUAAGGCUGGGUCUUUAAUAUUAGUGGGCAUCUCUGUAAAGCUUGAGACCAGAAUGCAGAUCCUGCACACAUACAUGAAUGCAGAAACUCUUGUGGAUCAUUCCACUUGCCCUUAAAACCACAGAUUCAAUGCCCAAACUCCAUGUUUUCUAAUAGAGGCCGGUUCCCUUUUUUAGUAUGUAGGACACACACUAUGGGACAGACAAGAAACGAGAACAGGAAAAAUAGUCUUUUUAAAUGACAAAAGAAUCUAUGAAAGCUUUAUUUUACACAUGAGGACAGCUUCCAUAGAGUUCUGGAGUUGCUCAGAGAGCUGCGAGCACAGUUCUAUCCUUAGUCUGGGUCAUUGUACAUCAGACACCCUUCAGUUUGUUUGAGUAUUUAUGCGUGGAGAGGUCAGAUCUCUACUGGAAAAUACAAACACUCGAAAGGCUCUUGGCGUUAGAAGCCUGAGCUGGAAAUAUCAAUACUCAAUGCUCAUAAGUUGUUUCUUGUUAUGGCAGUAUUGCUGAAUUUAACCAUUAGAAUGUCAUUCAAUGCUUUUGAGGUUUUCAUGUAACCUAAUGUUACCUCUGCACAUUUUGGAUAUUACAGCAUCAUAUAAAUAUCAAUUCAAAAUAUGUUAUUACAGCAUAUCAGAUUAGUGGCAAAUCAGAUAUCUGGUGUCAUCUGGUGUUUUGGUGGAGCAAAAGAUGGAAACAGACAUCGCAUGCUGGCCAGUAAAGGACAAGAUCACUCUGUUAUCUGCCUCUGCAUACUGCCUGAUUCACUUUGCCCUGGGUUUCAUGGUUUGUUCAUGCUGUUUUCAGUGUCCUAAUGAUAGAGUCACUCUGUGAAAGCAUCUCUGUUACCCCAGAAUUUCACACUUUUUAGUAAACUGUUUCUAUGUAAGGGUUGUUGUGGCCUGCAGAUAUUACUCAACAUUCAUCUCUGCAUAUUCAAUAUUAAUUUGUACAGUAAGUACUAAGGUUCUGAACUCGGACAGGUUUAACAUAAAUCAAAGAGGUGAAAUAACAUCAACUGAGAGUUAAAACCAUCUUGGUGUCAACCAUCUUAAAGGUGCUUUUAGAAAUGAUGUAGGCCCAGAACAAAUAAUUUCUUACUUUCUGAGCUGGUCCACUUUAAAAUUAAAUCUUCAAAAGUUUUUUUUUUUAUUUUAUUUUUUUUUUAUUACAGUUUUUAUUUACAUUUGAAGUAUUGCCUAUUCAACCCUGUGAUCCUGGUUCAUUGAAUACAACAUAUAGCCCUAAAUCCAAAUGUGGGCAGAUGUGUCUCCCAGCACAGCAUGUUCAGGACUGAAGGAUUUAGGGUUUGGUACUGAUUUGUGGCAUUUUUAUAUGCAAUACAACUAAGAGCUGGUAGGGGGCGCUGUUUUACAAGAAAAUAAUUUGAGUUUAAGACUCAAAUGUUUGACACAUGGCGCUCUAAUGUCUCUUGUCAAACUGUUAAUUAGUUGAAAUUAAAUGAAAAAUGUUUAUUUGUAUAAUACCAUUGACUGUACAAAUUAUAUGCCUUACUACAAUGGGCUUUUUAACUUAUUCAUAUUUCUUUCUGGAAGUUUACAUUUAAUUUGUCACUUCUACAUAGGAUUGGACGGACAGAAAUGUGUUAAUUUCUUGUAUAAAGUGGUAUUUGUUUUGUGCAUAUUGGUGCAAGAGUGUUUUAAUUUACAAUAUUUUGUCUAUUCUCUCUGUGUUUCUUUUAUUUUGUAGAGAAAAUAAAUGUGAUUGGUCUUAAAUGGUAGAAAAGGGGACAGUUGUGUACGAGAAUAAUUGAGUUACAUUAGUUACAUUAGAUUCAGCCUAGCAGAUGCAUGUUAUAUGAAUCCAUGGUUUAUAAAUAACAGGCAUCAAGUCAAUACACACUGCUGUCUUAAAAACUUUUCAUGAUUUCAAUUCAGUCUGAUUGUCAACUAUUUGACAUAUUUCCUUUAUCUCAGUCUCCUGAGUAAUUUCAUUUCUUUCGUAUUAAGACAAACUUUUUUAUUUGAAGUUUUCUUUUUAAUUAAAUUCUAGUGUGGUUGAUGCUUACCAACCCACACAAAAUAUGUCAAGUCAGUCUCACUCAUUCUUGCCUUUGUUAUACAUACAUUGUUGUUCGCUUCUUUCCCCCCAUUUGUUCAGUAUUUCUUAUUUGCGUAAUCAAAUAUGACAAUAAUUGUAGCCUUUUUUAAUUCACCAGGGCUUGAGUCAUACAUGGCAAAUUGGAUAUAUUUAGUUUCUUAUUGUCUGUAGUUUGUUUGAAAUGGCUAUUAUUGCAUAUACAGUUUUAAACUAUGAGAGAAUAUAUUGUUUGUGCCAGUUCUCAAUACUCUUAAUGUAUUCAAAGAAUGAAAAGAGAUCGAGUCUCAAGAUUGCUGCUAAGUGUGUACUAACUGACCAUCAAUUAUUAUUCAAUAAAAAUGCAAUUAC